UCUGCCCCUAAACCAAUGAGCGGGAAGGUGGCGGGGCGGGACGUACAGAGUCCUGUUGUUGAGCUGUGUUGUCAGGACGAAGGUGCCAACAUGUCCUACGUCGGAGCCAGCCGUGCAGCAUCGAGUGUUGCCAUGGACAAUAUAACCUCCACGGACAGUACGGCGACAUGCAGCCUGAACGUGACGGAGACGGACGCCUUCAGCAGCGAGACAUUUUUAGACCCCGACCAAGAGUACAAGAUGGACUAUAACCGUCGAGGCCUGGCUGUCAUCUUCAACCAGGAACGCUUCUUCUGGCGUAUGGGAAUGAAUGACAGAUACGGAACUAACACAGACCGCGACAACUUGGAGAUGAGGCUGAGGGCGCUAAACUUUGAGGUGAAGGUUUACGAUAACUACAAAAAUGAGGACGUCUUGGAGAAAAUCCAUGAAGCUGCCGAGGCCAACCACUCAGACGCCGACUGCUUUGUGCUGAUCUUCCUGAGCCACGGUGAGAACGAGCACGUGUACACGUAUGACGGCAAGAUCAGCAUCCAGCACAUCACGUCGCUCUUCAAAGGAGACAAGUGCAGAAGCCUGGUCGGGAAGCCCAAGAUCUUCGUGUUGCAGGCGUGCCGUGGAGACAAGCACGACAACCCAUGUGACGCCGUGGACAGCGAGAUCAAGACAAACGAGGUGAUGGUGGACGCCAGUGCCGUCCACACUCUCCCAGCUGGAGCUGACUUCAUCAUGUGCUACUCUGUGGCGGAAGGUUACUACUCCCACCGGGAGACUUUUAACGGCUCGUGGUACAUUCAGGACCUCUGCGAGCUGCUGAAGAAGUACGGAGACUCCCUGGAAUUCACGGAACUCCUCACGCUGGUCAACCGCAAAGUGUCGAUGAGGACCGUUUUCUCCAGUAAGCUAAAGGAGGCCAUCGGGAAGAAGCAGGUACCGUGCUUUGCCUCCAUGCUCACAAAGAAGCUCUACUUUCGCCCCAAAAAGUGACUUCGUAUGUUGUACCUGAACGCUACACGGUUGAAGAGUUGAAAAUAACAAGAAUGGCUUAUGUUCGAAUAAUUAUUGAUCAUCGUUAAUGCAGCAGCUCAAAGAAAAUCAACAGGUUUCCAUAGCGAUUUUGAGACUAUUUGGGCUAAUUUUACCAGUCAAAUAUCGAGCCUUCCUGUUCACGUACACGGUGUAAUUAUUGUGGUUCCAUCCUCAAAGAUGGCUAUGGCCAAGAUGAACAGGGACAGUUAAACCGGUACGGGAAUAGGAUGACACAAAGUGAAACCUCGGUUUGUUUGUAGGGUGCUUUGAUGGGCACCCUAUUAUGUUCACCAAUACAGCGCAGGCCAAACUGACUUGUUAAGUGCAAUAUUGUACAAAAACCGAGACAAUUUACAAAAACAAACAAAAUUACAGUAAACCUCGGAUAUAUCGGAUUCAAUUGUUCCCACUGGUUUUGUCCGAUAUAAGCGAAAUCCGUUAUAUGCAUAUACCGGAAAAUGUCCGUUUUACGCAUACAUCGGAUUUAUAUCCAGUAUAUGCGUAAAUCGGAUUUUAUCCGUUAUAAAAAGGCACUUCCUUGACUAUGUUUCCAAUGUACCUGGACUGGGCAAUGAAAAGAGACGUAAGGUAAUGAGAAUUUAACUUUAUUGGACUCUGAGCAUAACAAAUUGUUAAUUAAGCUAGGCCCUGUUACGCCUGUCAGGCCUACGUUAUUUCCAAUAGUGAGGUUAAGAUCUCAUUCACUGCUGUGCUAGUAUUAUUGACGUCACUCACUUUUAUAUUUGUCCUAAAUCUGGCCACGAUGCGGCCAUCCGAUAUAUGCGAGGGAAAUUUAAUGGAAAUGCAUUGGAACGGGACUGGAGAUUUUGUCCGAAAUAGGCGAAAUCUGUUAUAAAAAAUCCGAUAUAUGCAAUGAAUUUUUAUUGGAAAUGCAUUACAUUUUAUCUGUCCGUUGUGAGCGAAUUUCCGAUAUAUCCGAGGUUUACUGUAUAGAAAAUAUUUUCCGCAUGAAAACCGAGGUUUGGCUGAACACCAUGUUUUUUUUUUCUUCUUCUGAAAGGUUGCACCACUGCUCCUAAGUUUAGUUGGUGGUGACAAUAAUGACUCAGAGUGCAUGACAAGCAUAGCUCUCCUUGACCACAUGACAACCAAUGUUGUAAAAGCAGGAGGCCGCUAACCACACAGCCAGCAAGAUGAGUUGAUUGUCACCAACAGCACGGCAAGUUUAAGACACAACAGCAGCCAAGUAGUGGCAACCAACAUUUUAAAGCGCAUGUAGAGGUACAUCAAGCAACUAGAUGCCGAUACUUUAAAUGCAGCCGCUUUGAUCUUGUGCAACGGUUGUGUUGACCCUCCACUAAUUAGACCCCGGCGUUUAUUUGCAUUUGUCGAUCGCACCCGUAGUGAUUAUAGGAGGUUUUAAUUAAGGGAAGAUGCCUCUUAAUGUACUAAAUUGUGCAAUAAAUGACUUGCAAUUAACAAAAUAAUCUACCAACACAACAAAUGGAAUGUUAGAUAUAGCUGUUUUUUGUUUAUGGGGGCCACAUCUUAUUACUUUUCUUCUUCAACUUGUUUACUUUACGUGCCUCUGUAAUUUUUUAAGUCUUAAUUUCAGGCAACUCAGCGACUACAUCCACAUGCUGUUUGUCUACAUAGAAAGGGAAUUUAUGUAUUUGUGAGUGUAUGAUGUGUCACAUUGUGAUUUUACACCCAAAGCAACAGAUGACACCAGUGUUGAAACUUCAGGGAGUAUGGGUGUGUGUAUGUUUGUUUUUUUUAAUAUACUUUUGUUCAUGUGUGGACAUAAAGUAACUUAGUCACAUGAUCUAUGACUCAGGAAGAACAGAGCGACCCCGAUCCUGCCUUACUCGUUUGUUCAGUGUGGGGAAAAAAAAAAUCUGUUUCAAUGCAGCGUUUUGCACAGAUUUAACAACAUGACAGAAGGCAAUUCAGCAAAUGACUUUUAUUUCAAUAGUCCACUUUUUGUUAUUCCUGAUUAAAAAUGCAUCAUUAUGAAAAUAAACAAAGGGUAUGUUUUGGCUCUGGUGUGUAAACAGUGACGAUGAUGGUGAUGAUGUCAAGGCUUGGGCUGAAUCUGUUCGAUUGGGAGUUGAAGUUGCGUUGGAUUACGCAAGCGUUUUAGAUCAUCCUCCACCUGCAACACAGCAGGAAAUACAGUUUUACAUAAGACUGUAAUCACAGUCUUACUGGGUCAAAAUGCCUCAUUUUUCAAGACGAUUUUUAAGUCACAUUUUAACAUUGAUUUUUUACAAAUAUAACUAUUUUCACAUUUGCAACGGAACCUGGUAAGCGCACGUGUUUGCAUGCUUGCUUGUGGAUUUUAUUUCGGCUUAAAACUGCAUCAAACAUGAUCUCUUCUAUUGUGGAGUUGCAUCAUCACCUCUUUGUACAUCACGUGCAAAAAAAACAAAACGUAAAAUACAUAAUUACAUAUUUGGGAGCAAGUGGUUGGGUUGCGGUAUUUGGUUUACUCAUGGCUUUUAUAGAACAACGGCAUGAACAGAGUGACCCUUUUGUCAGUCAUACACUCUCUUUGUCUUGGUGGGUGGAGGCGGAGUGGUAGUAUAUACACAAAGUACAUAGUGGAAA